UUCCUGGUCUGUUGCAUGGAGACGGCGGUGGAUGCCAAGGCGCUGGCCAGGGCCGGGGAUUUAAAGCUCAGUGGUGCCGCUGCCUGCCUCAUAAGCGCAAGGUCCCGAGUUCGAUCCCCGGUACCAAACACCAACAAAACAACCCGGAUCUUGCCCGGGCUGUUCGGUGCCCGCGGCCCAGCCUGGUGCCGCCCUGACCCCCGCCCCGCCCACCCGCAGAACGUGCGCAUCGACCCGAGCAGCCUGGCCUUCGGCAUGUGGAAGGACAUCCCCGUGCCCUUCUACAUGUCCGUCUACUUCUUCGACGUGGCCAACCCUGACGAGAUCCUGCAGGGCGGUGUGCCCCAGGUGCGCGAGCGUGGGCCCUACGUGUACAGGCAGUUCAGGGAGAAAAGGAACAUCUCCUUCCACAACAACGACACGGUGUCCUUCCGGGAGCACUGCACCUUCCGGUUCCAGCCCGAGAGGUCCCGUGGCUCGGAGAGCGACUACAUCAUGCUGCCCAACAUCCUGGUCAUGGCCGCCUCGGCCAUGAUGGAGUACCGGCCCAUGAGCCUGAAGCUGAUCAUGACCUUGGCCUUCAGCACCCUGGGCCAGCGAGCCUUCAUGAACCGCACGGUGGGCCAGAUCAUGUGGGGCUACGAGGACCCGCUGGUGCACCUCAUCAGCAAGUACUUCCCCGAGAUGUUCCCCGUCCAGGGCAAGUUCGGGCUGUUCCUGGGGCUAAACGACUCAGACUCCGGGCUCUUCACGGUGUUUACGGGAGUGAAGAACCCCAGGCGGAUCCACAUGGUGGACAAGUGGAACGGGCUCAGCAAGCUCAACUUCUGGCACUCGGACCAGUGCAACAUGAUCAACGGGACUUCCGGGCAGAUGUGGCCUCCUUUCAUGACCCCAGAGUCCUUGCUGGAGUUCUACAGCCCUGAGGCCUGCAGGUCCAUGCGGCUUGUCUACCGGGAGCAGAGCGUGUUCCAGGGCAUCCCCACCUACCGCUUCGUGGCCCCCAGCACCCUGUUCGCCAACGGCUCCAUCUACCCGCCCAACGAGGGCUUCUGCCCGUGUCUGGAGUCGGGCGUCCAGAACUUGAGCACCUGCAGGUUCGGUGCGCCCCUCUUCCUCUCCCAGCCACACUUCUACAAUGCCGACCCGGUCCUGGCAGAGAGGGUGCUUGGCCUGCACCCCAACGCGGAGGACCACGCCCUCUUCCUGGACAUCCACCCGGUCACUGGGAUCCCCAUGAACUGCUCCGUGAAGCUGCAGCUCAGCCUCUACAUGAAAGCCAUCAAGGGCAUCGGGCAAACUGGGAACAUCGAGCCGGUGGUCCUGCCGCUGCUGUGGUUUGGGCAGAGCGGGGCCAUGGAGGGUGAGCCACUCAGCACGUUCUACACUCAGCUGGUGCUGCUUCCCAACAUCCUCCACUACGUACAGUACGUGCUCCUGGCGCUGGGCAGUGUGCUGCUGAUCAUCCUAGUCGUCUAUCAGGUCCGCAGCAAGGAGAAGUGCUAUUUAUUUUGGAGUGGUAGUAAAAAGGGCUCAAACGCUAAGGAGGCCAUGCAGGCCUACUCUGAAUCCCUGAUGACUUCCGCUCCCAAGGGUGCUGUGCUGCAGGAGGCCCGGCUGUAGGGUCCUAAGGACACCCCGAGCCAGCACAG